AUGGUUGCUGUCCCUCCCCACAUCUUGCGUGCGAUUGCACAAAGCAAGGCUGCAGAGCACAUUUGCCGAUCGGCACAGGUCACUCUCGAACACACUGAGCGAAUCUUGCAAGCCAGGCGUCAAUCCUUCCUGACCAGGGAGUCCGUAUCUCAUCGACAACACAUAAUCCCUCCUCAAAUCCUGCGCAACAUUGCAGAGUCGGACGCCGACGAGGGCACUCGCGACAAGGCUAGAGAAAGCCUAAGUCAUCUAGAGAGCAUCAUCGGCAAGGUCAAAGGUUCCCAACCCGAACCUCAGCCCGAGUCUCAACAAGUGCUGGAGGCUUCAGACCAUGAUUCGACAAAGCCAUCGCCCAAGGAUCCUCCGUAUCGUGCCAUUUACGACAUCCAUGAAAGCUCAAACGAAGAAAAGCUUCCCGGCAAGCUUAUUCGUGAUAACAAGAAGGAAGCCGACAAGUCAAAAGACAAAUCAGUCAACCUGGCAUUUGACAACGUCGGUGUUGUAUUGGACUUUUACAAAAAGCACUAG